AUGUCAAAGCAUCUCCGUGUGGUCCUGUUUGAUCCACCAAGGAACGUCUCAGUGUCCAUAAAUGGAUCUACUGAAAUAGUGGAAGGUGAUUCAGUGACUCUGAUCUGCAGCAGUGAUUCAAACCCACCUGCUCUGAACUUCAGCUGGUUUAAGGAGGAUGAAUCCUCAGCUGUUGGAUCUGGACAGAGUUUCAGUGCACUACAGAGUGGACGCUUCUACUGUGAGGCUCACAAUCAACAUGGAUCUCAGAGAUCAGACGCUGUUACUGUCACAGUUCAUCAUGCUUAUAGGAAUCUGAUUGUGAUCACAGCAGCAUCUGGAGGAGGAUUCAUCAUCAUCAUCAUCAUCAUCAUCAUAAUCAUCCUGUUUAUAAUUGUGAACAGAAGAUCUGCUAUGAAGGAGUCUACGAUCUCUGAUUCCAAUGAAGACAUAUAUACAGCUCUUCAGAUCAAGUCCAUGACCUUUUAAUGAAAGUUAAAAGCUGGUGAAUUGUUGUGUAAAUAUAUACUGUUAAAUUUAGGUCAGCAAUGCAAAACACAGGAAGUGAUGUUCAGUGGUGGGAUACAAACUCCUGCUUCACAAUGAUGAACGUAUUGUUUUAUGGUCUCAAAGUGCUCAAUAUCGUCAGCUUCUAUUAGGCUAUUCUGUCUUUUGCUUUAACGUUCCCUUUAAGUCAGUGGUUUUCAAACCUGUCCUGGAAGCACCCCUGCCCUGCACAUUUUGUAUGUCUUCCUCAUCUAACACACCUGAUUCAACUCAUCAGCUCGUUAGUAGAAACUGCACAACAUGAGUGUGUUUGAUAA